AUGAAAAGAACAAUAGUUCUUCUUACAACAAUGGCGUUGGUUGUCUUCACGCUCUUCCUUGUAGCUGCAACAGCCAACGCAAUCAUAAUCUCUCUUCUGGUUUCACUUGCUGUUGCUGGUGGCUUCUUGGCUUUCUUCUUUCUCUGCUUGACUGGUAUUUACAUCGGAGCCAUAUCCGUUGCUGCAUUCGUCAUCUCUACCGCUACAGUUUCAGCCGUAGUUUCCGUCUUAAUUGCUUCAGGUUGGAUUGGGUUUUUCUAUGCUGUGUGGUUGGGAACAAGAGGAAGCCUGCGCUUCGCCAAGGAAUCGGUUUCAGUGAUGGGAUUAGCCAUUUCAGGUAGCAGUUUCAGUCGUCAUCAACACAAAGACGGAGAUGUAAACAUCGAAUCAUCCAGCUGA